CCUCGGCGGCGGUGGACGAGGAUGUUCUUGGAGAAGCCAUCGCUUGUCCGCCACUCGAAUGCUGCGGGUCGAGACUGCGCGAUCUAUGGCAUUGACGCCCAUCCGACCGAGCCCAAGUUUGCGACCGCGGGCGGAGACAACUGCGUCAAGAUCUGGUCCAUGACGUCAUCGCCCGAUCAAGAAGGGCCAGUGUACGAGCUCUUGGCCACUUUGGCCUGGCACGAGCAAGCUGUGAAUUGCGUACGCUGGUCCCACAGCGGCAAAUACCUCGCGUCGGGCUCGGACGACCACUCGGUGCUAAUCUACGAGCUGCAAGAAGGCGCGCCGUCGGCCGUGCCCUUUGGCUCGAACCGAGAGCCCAACAAGGAAAAGUGGGUCCGCUGCGCCAUGCUCAAGAACCACACCAUGGAUGUCCAGGACGUGGCGUGGUCGCCCGACGACCGCAUGCUGGCGACGUGCAGUAUUGACAAUUCGAUUUUGAUCUGGUCGAUGGACCAACUCUCGGCGGUGAUGACGCACCCGAUCCAGCACCUCACAGGACACAAUGGCUGGGUCAAAGGCGUGGCGUGGGACCCCGUUGGCAAGUACUUGACGAGCGCUGGCGAAGACAAGUCGGUCAUCGUGUGGCGCGUGGAUACGUGGGAGAUUGAAGCAAAGAUAGAAGCGCCGUUUGAGCACUGCGCGAGCACAUCGCACUUUCGCAGGCUCUCAUGGGCGCCCGACGGCAGUCUCCUCUGCGCCACCCACGCCCACAUCUCCAAACAAGACGUCGGUGCCUUCAUUCAGCGCAAAUCGUGGGCCAAUGACGUCAACCUUGUUGGGCACCGAGGCGUCGUGACGUCUGCACGCUUCAACCCGCGCCUCUUUGCCAAGACGGCCAACCAAGAAUUUGCGUGCUGUGCGCUUGGCGGGGACGACUGCACAGUGACGAUCUGGCUCGCACACGUGGCGCGACCGCUGGUGGCCGUCACCGAGUGUUUCGACGCGUCGGUGACCGACUUGAGCUGGUCGCACGACGGCUUUACGCUCCUGUGUGCGUCGUUGGACGGCGCCGUCUGCGUCUUCCAGCUCACGGCGGACGAGCUCGGGACGCCCAUGACACCGCAGGAACAGAGCCGGCUGCUGCAGCAAAAGUAUGGAUCGUUGGCCGGCCGAACAUCAGGCAGCACCCUCAUCGAAGACCCGCUGCAGCUCGAGCUAGAAGCGCGCCAGAAGCAAGCUGCGCCGACGCAACUGGAUCGCUUGGCCAUGCGCCUGACUCCCCUCGGCGCCUCCAACGCGACGCUGGACGCGCCAUCGACCGAGGCAGCCCCGACCGUAUUUGCGCCUGCGCCAACCGUGUUUACGUUGACCGCGCGACCGAAAGCAAAGCCGUCGGACGCGCCGACACCGGCCAACACGCCCGUUUCGAUGCUUGUGCCUCGGCCCAAGCACAAGGAUGCGGUCACGACGCUGGUCGCUCGGCCAAAAGCACUCAAGAAACCCGAGACGAGCAGCAAAGAGGCCGACGACGACGACAACGCGCCCAUCAUCAAGCGCAAGCGCACGCUCGAGACCACGCCCAAGCCCCGCGCUCACGCCAAUACACUCCUAGUCGUGGAUGCCGACGAUCGGGACGACGUCUUUCCAGAGCUGGCGUCGCGGGCACUGUUUACGCACACCAUUGCGCUGCCCCGGGGCACGUCCCGUGUCCUUGAAUGCCGGCUCGGCGACGACUACUCAUCCAUCACGUGCACGGACGCAGGCACGUGUCAGUGGAUGGAUCGUCUGCCUGGCGUCGUCGUGCGCAUGGUCGGCAACGAAGCGUUCUGCGCCUUUGGCACGACCGACGGCAGCUUGUACGUGCUCUCGGCGUCAGGUCGGCGUCUCUUUCCCUGCAUUGCGCUGGGCCAUGCGCUCGCAGCGCUGGAAGUGAGUCCGCACACAUCGCCAUACCUGCUCGCGAUCCUCCGCAACGGCGACGUCAAGACGUGGAAUGUGCUGACGCCGCGCGCGGCGGUGAAUACGACGCUUCGCUCCGUGGCGACGGUCAAGUCGACGCUAAUUCGGUCGCAUGUGACGACGACGGGCCAGCCGAUCGUGACGAUGGCGCUGACAGGGGCCGAGCGCAGCCGCCUGCACUCGUUCACGUUUGACCUCGCGAUGCUGUGCUGGUAA